UCUGGCUCUGUGUGUGUGUGUGUGUGUGUGUGUGUGUGUGUGUGUGAGAGAGAGAGAGAGAGAGAGAGAGAGAGAGAGAGAGAGAGAGAGAGGAUGUCGAGUACAUGCAUGUUUGUGAGCUCUGUAAUGGAUGUGGAGUAUUCGUGUCGAUCGAUGGAUGUGGACUUCUAUUUUAGGAAUUGGGAGAAGAAGAGUGCAACAGCAGAAUGCCGUGAGCGCGGAGUAAUUAGGAGAGGAGGGAGGAGAGGGGAGGAGAAAGGGAGAGAGGAGGUGGUUGAAUUCCCCAUUCCUGAUGCCUGUCAAUAUGAUGAUGGAGACGAUGCUUCUCUUGGUGAUGAACAUGCCAGCGAUGUCGGCAUGACUGCUGGGCGUCGUCAUCCUCCUCCUUCGCCUCCUCCUCCUCCUCAUGAUGAUGAUCAUCAUGGUGUUCUCUUCGGGAACGACAAAGAUCUUGAUGAUGAACAAGACGGCGAUGGUGAUGGCGAUGGCGGCCUCUACUUUUACGACGAAGAUCUGACAGUCGAAGAGGAGGAGGAGGAGGAGGAGGAGGAGGACGGGCGGGAGGAUGGCGCUGCUGACGACAUGGAUUGCUUUCACGUUGACGAUGAAUCUGUCUGCGAUUACAGCGAUGAUUCCUGUUUUGUCGGAUACGUGGACGAUGAAGACGACGGCGCCGGCGGUGGCGAUGGCGGCGUAGUAGUAGGAGCAGCAGCAGAAAGAAGAGAAGAUGAUCCCGAUCCCGACGCCGCUGUGACUGCCACUCCCCGCGAUCCUGAUCCCUGUCAUCGCCUCCGCCAUCGCCGGCGAGCUUCAUCCGCCGCCUGCGAUCUCGAUCGCGAUCGCGAUCGCGAUGGCCAUCUGCACCUCCACGCAGCGAAGCGCGCCAACGAUGUCGAGACCGUUGACGUCACUGGCGAUGGCGACCGGGAUCCCACUCUCGAUGAUGACGAUGAUGAUGAUGAUGAUGAUGAGGAUGAUGAUGAUGAUGAUGAUGAUGAUGACGAGGAGGAGGAGGAGGAGAGGAAUAGCUCCUCGGCUUUCUGUUUCCCUGAUGAGGUGGUUCCGCUCGUCCUUCCCUAUAUUGAGGACGCGGGAGAUCGUGCCCGCUGUAUGGUGGUCUGCAAGCUCUGGGCGCUGCAUGCGCGCAACGGUGAGUCGUUGCGCUUUACGGAGGAUCACUUCAGCUUAUGCUGUCGAGGAGGAGGACGGGGAGGAGGAGGAGGAGGAGGAGGAGGAGGAGGGGGAGGAGGAGGGAGCGCGGAGCAGUACGAGAUGGCCAUGGUGAAGCAGGCGGAGUGGCUGAAACGUUUAUGGCUGACCGUAAGUUCAGAGAGCGCGCUGAAGAGUGUGUGCGAGACGGCGACCCAUCUGGAGGAACUACACAUUAGCGACUACCAUGACGAAGGACCGGUCGUUGGGAGCGGUAGCUGCGGUAGCAGCGGUAGCAUCAGCAGCAGCAGCAGCAGCAGCAGCAUCAGCAGCAGCGGUAGUGGUGGUGGUAGUAAUAGUGUUAAUGGAGGUUCCAAUCCGCCGCCAUUGAUGCUAGGACCGGUCCUUGAGCGAGCGACCAAUCUCCGGUCGUUGUCGAUCGACCUGCUGGACGACCAUCGCGUGAUCUCCGUUCCUUUUUUGGACAUUUCGACGACCACCACCACAGCCACCUCCCUCUUCUCCUCCUCCUCCUCCUCCUUAUCCCUCCACCCUCCCUCCUCCUUCUCCAUUUCCCCUCUUUCAAUGCGUCAGCCUCUUUUUCCUCAUCCUUCCCACCCCGACCGCGACCUCCACUCCCACCCUCCCCUCCCUCCCCCUCCUCCUCACCUCCCUCCCCAUCAGCUCAACCACCUCUCCUCUCUGCGCAUCUUCCAAGGUCGAAUCUCCACCUGCGACCUCCAACGUCUUCUCUCCGCAUGCCCCUCCCUUCAACGGCUCUCCCUCAGCCAUAUCCAGAACCUCUUCGACCUUUCCCUCUCCAGUUUUUCGUUGACGGAGCUCCGAAUCGAUCGAUGCGAGAACCUCUCCGCUCUUCAUCUGAACGCCCCCUCUCUCUCGACCAUCCAGCUGGCUGCCACGUGUCUUCGCAGUGUCUCUCUUGUCGGCAAUUCCCUGACCACUCUCACCGUAUCCUCCGCCGCGUGCGUCGUCUUCUCCAUCAAGUUUCCCGCCAAAUUGAGGACGGUCAGCAUCGCUGGCCCGGCGAGCAAGUGGGACGAGUGCGUGAAGCUCCUCUCGCGCACACCCAAUCUGAAGUGCUUGAUCUUGCGCGCGCAAGAUGGAGCUGGGGGGGGUGGAGGUGGUGGGCGAAACUUCACCGAAGCUUCGUCGGUGAUGAGCAUUGCGACCGCGGGAGGAGCGGGUGGUGGUGGUGGUGGUGUUGGCAAUCCCAAUCCCAAUCCCAAUCCCAAUCUCAAUCCCAAUCUCAAUCUCAAUCGCAAUCCCAAUCCCCAUCCCAAUCCCAAUCUCAAUCACAAUCUUAAUGCCAACAACAGCUACCUGAACCAGAAUCAGGGUCUCCACAACGACAAUCACCUUGUCUACAACAAUGGCAGCAAUUAUCUGAACAAUCAGCAGAAUAAUCAGCUGCAGAACAACAGCAAUUAUUAUAGGAGUGUAUGGAGCAGUGGGUCGGGAUCGGGAGGGAGCAGUAGCAGCAGCAGCGGCAGUAGUAGUAGCAGCAUGAUGAGUGCGAGCAUAAGAAGCAAUGUUGGGUCGGGAUCAGGUGGUGGGAGCAACAGUCGGAGCAAUCUUAGAGGAGGGGGAGGAGGAGGGGGAGGGGGAGGGGGAGGGAGAGAAGCCGUCAAUAUGAAUAUGGAAGGACUGCAGAGGCUAUGUCCGAAGUUGGAAAUCUUGGAAUUGGAUUGCUGGACGUUGAUUAGGAUUAUGGAGGCGACGAACGGGAUCCCGUGCUUUGACAGUCUGGAGCUGGUGACAAUCGACGCGCGGGGGAGCACGGCGUGGGGGAGUGGGUUGGGAUCGGGAGCGGGGACGAGCAUCAAGGAGGCGUUGGCGGGACUCUGCUGGAGUUGCAGAGCCUUGAAGAGAGCCACGCUUGUGAACAAAGGGAUGGGAGAGUUGUCCUCUCUCUCUCCCAAUACUCCUAUCAUGCUGCUGCAGCACCAGUUUCCCUGGGUGGAGUUUCGCUUCUUGUACCGCGCAAGGGACGGCACCAGCUUCGACGACAUGCUUCAACCGCGCACGUGAAGAGCAUGCGAAGGAGGAGCGGACGGCGACUCGUCGUCUUUCGACAUGGUGAGUGAGUAAUGGUGAUGGUGCGGUGUUUUUUUUACGUCGUCAACAAUGUGUGUGUGUGUGUGUGUGUGAGAGAGAGAGAGAGAGAUGAGGGUUAAUCUCACAUUCAUUCAUGUUUGUCUCAUUUCGCUCAGAGAGAGAGAGAGAGAGAGAGAGAGAGAGAUGAGGGUUAAUCUCACAUUC